GGCCGGCGGGGCGCGGAGGAGCGCACUGCGCGCGCGCUGGCGGCUGUGGGGCGGGCGUGGCGCGCGGGACGCCGCGGGGCAGCGGCCUCAGUGCUGGCGGCGCUCAGCUGAGAAACCAGAGAAAUGGCAACUACACAAUCUGUCUUCACAUUUGCUCUCUGCAUUUUAAUGAUAACUGAGCUAAUACUGGCUACAGAGAGCUAUUACGAUAUCUUAGGAGUUCCGAAAAAUGCAUCUGACCGCCAGAUCAAGAAGGCCUUUCACAAACUGGCCAUGAAAUACCACCCAGAUAAAAAUAAGAGUCCCGGUGCAGAAGCGAAAUUUAGAGAAAUCGCUGAAGCAUAUGAAACGUUAUCAGAUGAGAACAAACGAAGAGAAUAUGAUCAGUUUGGCCGUCACAGAGGACAAGGAAAUAAUGGAAGCCCAUUUCAUCAGUCAUCUUUUAACUUCAACUUCGAUGAUCUGUUCAAAGACUAUGACCUCUUCAGUCAAUACUCGCGGUCGAAAAAGCACUUUGAAAAUCACUUCCGAAGUCAUCGGGAAGCUCACAAUCGGCAGAGACGUUCUUUCCAGGAGUUCUCCUUUGGAGGUGGACUGUUUGAUGAUGUGUUUGAAAACAUGGAAAAGAUGUUUUCUUUUAGUGACUUUGAAAAUGCACACCGACACGCAGUGCGAACUGAUAACAGGUUCCACGGAUCCAGUAAGCACUGCAGGACUGUCACUCAGAGACGAGGAAACAUGGUUACUACAUACACAGACUGCUCUGGGCAAUAGUGUUUCCUUUCUGUUCAUCUCUUCUUCUUUCAAUAUCUUCAUAACUCUCCUUGGUCAUGUGCUAAUGUGGGGAAAAAAAAACCUUUGAACUGUGUGUUCUUAAAAACACUUAACUGCUAUAAAGAAAUUAUAGAUGGAACUAAUUCUCAGAAUAGAAACAACUUGGAAUUAGGAGCUAAAUGCCUCGGUAACUACUUAAGAGAGGAGAGAAAUAAUCUUGCAGCAGAAGAAAUUUUGUAUUUCAAUUUAGUAAGCACUCAGUAAAUUCAUCACAUGAUAUAUUUUUUUUAAUUUUAGAAAUAUAAUAUAAUUCUUGUAUGCCAAUUCAGGAAUGUUUGAGUUACUGGUGCAUGGAUUUCUAGCAGUGGUGAUACUUUAUUCUGAAGUGCUGCUUUUUUUUAUUAUGUCUUUCCAGAUUUUCACUAGUUGUUUUUACUGAAUAUGGACUUAGUCUGCAAGUUCAACAAUUUGCACAAAAUAGCAGCGGAAAUAAAACUGUGGGUCUUUGUUACUUUGUCCAGCAUUGCAAAUCUAUUAGAAAUAGACUUAAGUUCCAACAUAAAAAACUUAUGUUCCAACUUUUAAAAAUAUAUAUAUAUGCUAAGAUGGUUCUUCACCUGGGAGAGUGAUGUAGGAAUUACUUCCAAGUAACUGUUCAUUGGCUGGGGAAGAUUUUUGAGGAUGUGAAUAACCCUUCACUGGCUUAAGGGCUAUUGAUGUAUGCAAGCUUGCGUAUGCACAUAGUGUGUUUCUUACUCCACCCCUUCAAAACACAAAUAUCUUAUAACAAGAUUCAGAAGAGCAUACUGAAUACAGUCUUGCUUUAUGCUUGUGAUAUUACCAUGUGUGUGCACUGUAGUUGCCAUAGUUCCAUUUGUUGAACUUAAGUACUCCUUUGUGCUUUGGCAAACUUAAACAAAUAAGCUUACUUUCAGAUUCCUAGUGUUUCUGAAACAAUCUAAAUAAGAAAUAGAUUGUGUUUAGAUAUAUUUAUUACCUGUCAGCAGAGAUUUCAGCUUUGUAAUUUGAAAGGUAAACUCUUGGCAUAAAGGAAUAGUAAAACUGAAAAUUACAAUUCCCGUAUUCACCUAAUGCUUUGUGGUGCUGGUGUCUGAUAAUAAACAGUGCUAAUGGGUAACAAUUUCAGUGCUAUGGAAAUCUAUAACCAGUGUAAACGUUUUAAAACAUACAAAAUCUCUUAAUAUAUAUUAACUGAUGUCGACCUAUAAGUUCUUUAAUAAGGUUAUCACACAGACAUUGCUAUUGUUUUAAAAUUAUGAGGAGAGUUUACCUUGCAAAUGGAUUGCAUGAGCAAAAUAAGCAUUUUUGAACAGCAGUGUUAUAAAAAGGCUUUGAAUUCUUAAGAUCUUUAUCAGAAAGGUUUAACUCUUUGCUUCUUGAACUGGUACUGAAAGCUGACUACUUGCUAAGUAACGUUAACCUUUCCCGCAAGGGUGCGUAUUAUCACUUUUUCUGUUUUCAUUCACUAAAUACUUGGAAUGGAUUAUUGCAUUAUAUUAAGUGCUUUUCCAUAUUUUUCUUUAUUUAUUAAUGGACUAAUACCUCAUAUAUGGUCUUUAUAAAAAGCCAGUAAUUUGUGCAACAUUGUUGGAAUGUGCAAUAUUAUAGUAGGAAAAAUGCUGGGGUGUGUGUGAAUGUCUGGUAUUUCCACUCUUCUUCUGUGCAAAUAGAUACUUUAGUUUCCUCUGUGUAAUUAAUAUGAUUGAACUGAAAAUUGUAAUUCUUGUAGAUUUCUGCAGUUAUUUUAACAGACUCCAUCAGUCCUAUGCAUGAAUCAAUUUGUCUGAUUCAUCCUAUAUGGACAUCCAAGUGAACAAAUUACUAACUUAAAGUUCUGAACUACUUUCUCACAGAUACCUACAUUUUGUUUGAUGUUCUUGGUCACACUAAUAAAAGACAAACGUUCUCUUACUUAUGUGUCAUAGGAAAACCGGUAAAUACAUCCUGUCAUUCCUAUGGCUUCUAAAAGUGACCUUUUUGCUUGCGUUGUUCAUCAGAGGUAACAUCCAAAGGAGAACUUUUCAGUUAGGACAGAAGAUCCCAGCGUCUGUUUAUCUGAAUAGCUUUCUGCGGUGGAUAUGUUUUAAGUAGACUCUAGCUGAAGAAAUUCAGGCAGGCUUUCUUCAGGCAGCAGUCUUCCGUCUGUGGCUAUCAGAACACAGGCUUGCAAAACAUGUCAUGCAUCUCACUUAACUUGGAGCUCUUGCACGUUCUUUUCCUAUUUAUAGUGUUUGCUUCAUGGUAGGCUUGUUAACGGAAGUCCUCGUAUAACCUUCAGGAGUUUCAAGUGCUCGAGUCUUGUCAUCUUUGAUCUUCAUGUCUUGUGAAAAGACCCAGCUAAAGCUUAUUUUUUUAAUCUAAGAGUGAAAAAUACAAAUCAUAAUUCUUGAGAAGGCAUUUAUGCAUAUGUAACUCUGAAUAGCUGAGUUAAAACUUUAAAAAAGACUAGUGUUUUGUUCACUUUUUUCCCAUUACACUUUUGAAACAUAGUAUCUAUUGGAUACAAAAAGUACUGUAAACUUGAUUAGGGUGCCAUUACAUUAAACGUGUGAAAAUUG